AUGUUCGCUUCAGCAACAGAAAGAGGCAAGUUUCAGUUCCUGUCUUGUUUUGACAAAGAACUUGACAGAUCCUUAGUUUCACCGCCAUCUUUGGCUUUGUAUGGAAGACCGAAGGAUUUCUUAACAGCCUUUGAAAGUCCCGUUUUUGCGGAUACAUGCUGGCAUUGGCCAGCAUCCGACGUCCGAGUUGACGAGCCAGUGGAGAAAAUCCUUAUCCCUCCACCACCAUUGCAGAAUCCAAACCCUAAGCGCUCUUAUCCUCAGGCCCAAGAGUAUCAUCUCAAAGCUGAUGAUCGCUUUACUCGUGGCUAUCGGUAUGGAACACCCUUUCUAGAGAGCCAGAAGGACAUCCUGAAGGCACGCAUGCUGAGUGUCGAUUCUGUACCCCAAGUUAUUCCCAGGAUCUUUGAUGAUGGCACUGUUCAAUACGAUCCUCUGCCUGGCAUGGUUCGCAUGGUACCUGGAGUACCUUUCACAUAUGAAAUGCCCGACUCGGAGAUGGUUGUCACCAUUGGAUGUCUACAUACUCCCGACUCUCUGAGGGAAUAUGGCAAAGACGGGCUUCAAGCCUUGGCAUUCUUGGAGGAGAUAUAUGUUCAUACUUUCGGAAGAAAGGGUGAUGAAACUCAAGGACUUCCAGAGAUCAAACCGAUUUAUAGCCUUCCCAAUCUCAAGCGUAAUGCCCGCUCUGGACCUGCUGUAGCAAACUGCUAUGACGGAUCAUAUAGCCUUGCCUCCACUGUCGGAGAUGGCGAAGGGUCAGGAUGCUUUCUCCCUGCUGCUCAAAAUGACACCAUGAUGGCGAAAAUCACUAUUGGUCCAGUAUUACGUCUCUUGCAUGACACUUGGCGGAUACUCUUUCCAAAGAGCGUCUCAAAGAUGGAGUAUGAUCUCGUGGAAUUCGACUCCAUCGAUAAUAACACAUUCUCCUUUGGCGGACUCGAUCCUGGACCAACCAGCCUUCAGAUGAACGUAACUUCACAAGGUCGUAGCUUCAAGGAGGCAAUUGGCGCCCAGGGUUCCUGGCACACAGAUUUUAACGAUUGCCCACUGCGAUGGAGUAUGAUUGUAAUGUUGUUGCGUAUCCCCCUCGGUGUCGAUCCUGGUACAUUCACUCUAGGCAGAUCAGGUCUGUUCGUACGCCAUGGGGACUACCUAAUUGUUGUGCUAUUUAUGAAAGGCCAAGACAUGCACUGUGGCGGACCGCCUUACUGCCACCCUUCAAAGUGGGAAUCAUAUAUACAAGAGGUCGCUCAUUUAUAUGAUUCCACUGAUUCAACAAACCGGGUCGUAUAUGUCUGCUAUCCUUCUCGAGCUGCCACCGACCGGUUUACCAAUAUGGCUGUAACUCCGUCAACUCACUUUGGCAAUGCCAACGCCACUCUCCCUCACAAAAUCUCUCAACGAACUUUCGCAACUCACGGCGAAUACAUCCUUGGGGGUGUAGAGGUUUUUGCAAAUCGCCUAGGACGUGAGGCUUUCUACAACUUUUGGAAUACUCUUCAACUCUGUGGCCUGACUCUCGAUCUCGACCCAAAUCACAUUCUGGCUAAUAUCUUCUACAUGAACGGCAAAACUCGAACAAGAUUGCUUCCUAAUCCAGAUGGGUAUCACCCCAUUCAUAACCGGGAUUGGCUGGUUCAGAUGCGUGCAUAUUAUCAGUGGUACACCGGAAUAUGCAAUCAUAUACUCAUACCCAUUCACAAAUCAGAAUACAAGAAAAGACUGGCGGCUACAAUGGGCUUGAAUGAUAAGCUGCAGGGUUUACCUGGUGUACCUCAGCCAACGGCUCUUUGUCACCCUAUUCAGCAAAGUGAGGAACAGAGUUCACAAAAUCCAAGAAGCAUAGACAAAGGCAAGAGAAAAGCAGUCUCAACCAGAAUCACCUCCAUGCCUCUUGCCAAGCGUCCACAUCGAACAACCACAAGUCCAGUCGAAACAAAUAUGGAAGUUCCAACAGAGCAAGGGCAGAGUGGGCCUGAGUAUGAAGUCGAGGAGAUUCUUAGUUACAGAUUACAGUUCAAUGAAGGACCCCAGUGGCUUAUCAAGUGGAAAGACUAUGAUUCAAGACAUAAUUGCUGGUGUUCUAUACACGAGCUAGAAAAUUGCAAGGAAAUGUUGGCGAGCUAUAAUGAAGAACAUGGGAUAGAGGCUGUCGAAGGAUAUACCCAAGGGGUGUAUUCAUUUGAGACGAUAAGCCGAUUAAAAUCCCUUUUUGAUUCUGAACGACUUCGCAAAGAACUUGAAAGCAUACGGGCGGAGCAUCAGGCUGAAGAAGGUGUUUAUCCCAGAGUCAAUGACUCUGUCCUUGGGCAAACCUUGAAGACUGUCCGCCAAUCUAUUACGGGUCGUGCUGCGCAGAAUGCAAUAUACCGAGAAGCAUAUCAAAACAUACAUGCGACUCCAGGUCAAUCUCUUCUAACAAUCUUUUCUCAAUUCUCUACAGUUGGAGCAAGUCUACCAGAAGCAACAGAAAAUCUUCGGAUCUUGACGAUUCUAGGAAGAGCCCAGAAAGCCGACAUCUGCAGGACAUUGCUCAUAGUCUAUGAUUGGUUUUCAUCAUCUGGGCCGCGUAUUGCGACAUAUAUGGUCUCAGAUGUCCUUAAGGGCAGCUCUGGAGACUUCCAAGAAUUAUAUCCACAAGUGGCAUCACUGGUCGAUCUGGUUAUACGCUAUGUUCGGAAAUACUUCCAGCACAAGGACCCAAAAGAGAAAAGAAGGGAGAAGCGUACAGGUAACGUCUUUGUUUUUCUAAACAUCCUACUAGUAUUGAAGAUCUUUGUAGGGGUCACGCCAAUAUCUGAACCAGAUAUUCCAUCAAGAAUAGAGGCAGCUGAUUUCGAAAGAUAUGGACUAACACAAGAAGGCUCACAAAGACGAUUGCCAAAGUUCUUGGAUUUACCGACGAUCGCCCCACAUCGAGUUACUCAUGAAAAUACGAGCCUCACCAAGGCGUGUACCAUUAUCCUUGUCGACCUUUGGGCUGCAUUCUACAUCGAGCCUCAUGUCAAGGCGAUGGAUCCAAUUCUUGUAGGAACUAGCUCAACAAAACGGAAGACAGACUGGAUUGCUAGAGCCAUCUGUCGAGGUGCUGUUCUAACACGCUUAGUGGAAUGCUUUGGGAGUGAAAGCAUAUUCUACUCCUCCGAAAUCGACUGGUUCCUCCGUACUCCCUGGGUCGUCUUUGGUAACGCUGGAAAGAACAACAACCGUGCACGGAUUUUCUCUACCCAAUCCAUCAAUAAUGCUCGUGAGCUUCUAGCACCUAUGGCAAGCAUUCUCAAGGCGACACUAGCAGAAAAUGAAACUUCCAAAACACUCGCAGACGAGAUCUAUCAGAUCAUAUACAAAGAUCUAUUAUCAACAGGUCAUGAAUCCCAUGCACAAGGAGCGACUGGUUCAAGACGUACCACAACAGGACGAACUCCAAGAAUACUUCAGCCAGUAUGGGGACAAGUAUCCUCUGAAUGUCUUAUUCCAAGUCACGACUCGGCUAUGCUCAAACCUAUCGCAUUAAUCCUCAGAGAAGCUCUGAACUACCGCUUGAACCAGCCCUAUGAAGAAGAAAUACUACAUCGCAUUCUCACUGGUCAUGAUCCAACGUCGAUACGACCAGUACCCAAUGACCAAGAUCACUUUGAUCCAAUUCGUCAAUUUUCACAAUCAGCAGAGCUCUUUCGUAAACAUCUUAGCCCUUUGUUGCUCGUCACAAGCCAUGGGUUAUCCAACCUCUUUGCUUGGUUCAGCACAGGUCAAGGCAACGGAACAAAGGAAUUCCUAAACAUGAUAUUUCCCUUCUUCUCAAUCUCAUCAGAUUCACUUCUCUCCAAGUUCGAUCAAGGUCUUACACAUAACAAAGCUCUUUCUCAUGCCGGAAAACCUAUUCUGGUCACAAACACCAGAGUUUGGGGCCAACCAAGCUCACAGCUCUCGCUCUUCUCUUACCAAGUUGAAGGAGUUACCGAGAAAGAGGCGAUGGACUCGAAAAUUUCAACGCUUUUCUCUGAUGACAUACGAUCACGCUGGAAAGAUUUCCUUGGAUCUCUCUACAACCAGGAUCCGUCCCAGUAUACAGGCCCUCGGCAUAGCUGGUUGGAAUGCACUCAUUUCUUGAGGUCGUUCAUGGUUGACGGCUUCAAGUCAGACACUCUAACCAUGUUGCAAUGUGCAAAUAGUCUUGCCUUUGCUGGAAUCGUAGACCCUCCAGACAUUAUCACUAUGGGCUCGUGGAUCUUCAACCAUACUGGCCUUGGUGCUUACCGAGGACUCAAUGAACUUGGCUUCAAAAUCAGUAAUAUCACCGAGGCGGUUGCUGCAUUUGCUAUGGUUCACAACCACUUGCUUACGCAUAUUGGAGAGGACGGCAAGAAUACUUUAGGCAUGGCCUCUGACUGCUCAGCCAUUGCGGUUGAACAUAUCCUUUGCAAGGUGACAAGAUGGACAAAAGUGCUUAAGGGCAGCCAGAUGUCUUGGGAUGACUUCGAGUGUCAUACUCAGUCGUCUCCAAUUCCCUUGAUGCUUUCUGAGAAGUUGAUUGACGACGUUAUAACAUGGACAAAGGUGAUUAUUUCUAGUUCUACUAGUGUUUAA